CAUUACACAGCAAAAGAAGAGGCUAUAAAGACAGUGCAAUACAUGAAUUUAAAAAAUUUAAGUAUUUAUUUAACAAUUUAGUUUCAAUUAAAAAUUAACAAAAUGACUAAAAUAGUAUUAAAAGUAUGUAUAUAUUUAUUUAUAUCCACGUGUAUAAUUGAAAACAUAUCAGCUGAAGAUGAAAAUGAAGAAUAUUCGAUAGCAUACACGAGUGAAACGUUUGUUCAAGAAGUACCAAAAAAUAAUCAUUUUGUGAUGUUUUAUGCCCCAUGGUGUGGACAUUGUAAGCGAUUACAUCCAACAUGGGAAAAAUUAGCAGAAAUGUUAAAUAUACAGGAUAGUACUGUUACAAUUGGUAAAGUGGAUUGUACAACAAAUACAGGUAUUUGUUCGAAACAUGACGUGACCGGCUAUCCAACGCUCAAGUAUUUUGCCAAAGGUAGCGAGGAAGGUGUAAAGUAUCGUGGUACAAGAGAUAUUCCAUCAUUAUCAGCAUUUAUUAAUUCACAGUUAGAUGAACCUAUUAUUCUGGAAGCAAAUAAUGCAGAAGAUAAAAAGGCAGGUGUAGAAUCACCAUUACCUGAACCAGUGAAUGGGUUAACCGAAUUAACAGAAGACACAUUUGAAAAAUAUGUUGCAUCUGGUAAACAUUUUAUUAAAUUUUAUGCUCCAUGGUGUGGACAUUGUCAAAAAUUAGCACCAACAUGGGAAGAAUUAGCACAAAGUUUAGAACAUGAUUCAUCAAUUCGCAUCUCAAAAGUGGAUUGUACAUUACAUCGACCUGUUUGUAAUCUAUUUGAAGUGAAAGGAUAUCCAACGUUACUAUUCAUUGAAGAUGGCAAAAAAGUAGAUAAAUACCAAGGUUCACGCACACACGAUUCUUUAAAAGAAUACGUGUUAAAAAUGGCUACUGCGCAAGAUAAUGAUGAUGGCAAAUCAAAUGACGAUGAUGAUACUAAAAGUGAUAAUGAAAUAAAUUCAAAACAAACACCGCCCGUAUUAUUGUUAACUGGAGCCAAUUUUGAACAUGGUAUCGAAAACGAUGUAACAUUUGUUAAAUUUUUUGCACCAUGGUGUGGACAUUGUAAACGUUUAUCACCCACAUGGGAUGAGCUUGCAUUAAAGUUCAUUAAAAAUUCCAAAGUUUCAAUUGCCAAAGUUGAUUGCACAGAAGGUGAUAAUAAAUCACUGUGUUCUGAACAAGAGGUUGAUGGAUUUCCUACAAUAUUCAUAUAUAAAAAUGGACAGAAAAUGGCAGAGUAUACUGGAACUAGAUCAUUAGAUGAUUUACAUUCAUUUGUAACGAAAUACUUAGAAGACCAUGAUGAAUUAUAGAUACUAUAUAGAAUUAAAAAUUUUAUAUUUUGUUAAUUAUUUAAACAAUGCCAUUCUUCAUAUCCUAACGUACCUACCCUGUAAAAAAAUUCCUUUUUU